AAAUAUAUGAAGCAAGAUAAUACGAAAAUUAAAGAACUUGAUUUAGAAUUAGAGAAAUUAACCAAUGUUCGAAAAACAUUGAAAACUAAAUUAGACACAACUUAUACAAAUACAUUAGUAAAUCAAGUGAAAUUUGAUAAUUUAAGCAAAGAAGUCAAAGAAGCGUAUACACAAAGAGAUAGUUUAAUAAAACAAUGGGAAGAUGUUAUCAAUCAAAUGCGUCAACGUGAUGUUGAAUUAGAACAUUUUUCUCAGCGUCUUAAUCAAGCUAAAGCUCAAGUAUGUGAACAAAAGCAAUUGAAUAAGGAGAAAUUAGAUUUUCUUCAUUUACAAGAGGAGAAUAAUUUAAAUGUCAGGCAAAAGUUAAACGAGAUUAUCAAGAAUAUAACACAGUGUAAACAAGAUUUGAGUAAUACAGAAACUAAACGACUGGAUUUUCACAGCGGGUUAGAAGCAUUGAAACGUACUGUGGAUAAGACUGUAAAUGACCUAGAAGCAGCUAGAGUAUUGAAUUCACAAUUAAAGAAAGAAAAAGAAAAGAAAUUGCAAAAUCUUGAAAAUCUUCAAGAAUCAAUUGAUAGUUCACUUACCCGGUUAUCUUAUGUGACAGAAUGUAAAUUGACCGCUGAACAAUAUGCCGAUGAAGCUGAUAAACAAUUAACUUCACAAACAUUGAAUCAUGAAUUAUUCUGUAAGCAAUUGAAUAAACUACGUGAAGAAAAAUUUAAAGUUACGCAAAAAUAUGAAGAUUUUGUUCGUGAGGAGAAAUUAUUGAAACAAGCUAUUUCAGGCUGUGAAAUAACUAAAAGAAAUUUACUCGAGAAAAUUGAAACGUUAGAUUCUCAAUUAAUUAAACAACAAGAAGUUUUAUAUCGUCAGGAUUUUACUAUACAAAGUUUAGAAAGACGUAUUGGUCGAAUGAGUGGUGAUGAAAGCAAUGAUCAACGUGAACUGUUAGAAAAUAAAAUUGCUGAAUUAACCAAAGAAUUAAAUGAACGUGAGAAUACGGUGGCUAUGUUAACAAAUCAACUUGGCAAUCUUGGUGGUGAACUGCAUCGAAUAAAACGUGAAUGUGAAACUUUAUUGAAUAAAAAUGAAUCUCUUCAAAAUCAAUUAGAUACAAAUGAAUUAGAAAUUGAUAUAAUGUUAAAAGAAAAGGAGAAACAAUCACUUAAUUUACAAAAACUUCUUGUUGAAAAAAAUCUUAAAAAAUUGGAAGUUCAUCGAUUGACUAAAAUCUAUGAACAAUAUACAGAUAAGAGGUAUGAUCUGCAAAAAGCCAGUCAAGAGUUGAACUCAACUGUUAAAGAACGUACAGAACAAAUUAAUCUACACCAAACUAUGUUAAAUAAGCAAAUCAAAAUUAAUGCAACAGAGAAUAGCCAAUUGAACAUUGAAAUUCAAGACCGUAAAUCAAAAGUGGACAAAUUAAUUAAACGUUAUGAAAUAAUCACUGCACUUAUGGCACCUCCAGAAGGUGAAGAAACAAAAAGUCUAGCCUAUUACUUAAUAAAAGCUGCUCAAGAUAAAGAAUUACUACGGCGUAAAGGUGAUACUUUAGAUAAUGAAAUACAUAUAUUAGAACAAGAAAUUGUUGCACUUGAAAAUACAUUAGCUUUAAUGAAUGGUUGUAAUACAGUUUAUCGUAUGAGUCAUGCUCAAUUAACAAAUGAUGCAGACGAGAUACAACAACAAACCGAAUUGAAUGAACAAAUACGUGUAUUAAACAUUAAAUCGCGUUAUGAUCAGUCUCGUUUAAAUGAACUACAUGAUUUAUAUAACAAAAUGGAAGAAUCUUCAACACGUUUAGAUAAUGACAUAGAAUUAUACAAAGAUCAAACAAAACGUUUAGAAGUAGAAGUAGAACAUAGAACAAAUGAAAUCGAGAAACAAAAUACCCGCCUAAAGAGAGCUUCUGAAAGAAUGGAAAAAGUCAAACGUUUGAUUAAGAAAGAAGACCAAGAAAACAUGCGGCCAGAUAUUGAGGCUCGAUUGGCUAAAGAAUUAGUAACGCUUGCAACGAACGAGUUACUAGAUCGUUUAAAAGGUGACGUGACAAUAUAUGAACAAGCACGAGUAAUGCUGUCUACUUCAGGCAUACCUGUAAACAGUUUGGCCGGUGUCAGUGGACAGAAACGACGCGUUAGCGGUUUAAGUUCAUCAACGAAGUCGGUAAUAAGCAGUUGUAGAACAACACCUACGCCUAUUGGUUCUGAACCAACAUCUCCAGAUAGCACAAAAUGCUCAUCGAAAAUAUGUUCACCACCUAGUGGCUCAGUCUGUAGUGGUGAUGAUGCAGUAGUUGAUGAGUAUGACAAUGUACAGAAUUCAUCAAGAUGCAGUGGAGGAAAUACAACAAAAGAUAUGUGAGUCAAGUCGAUCAAACACUUUCAUAUUAAUUCAUAAAUGAUUUAAAAUCAUUUAUGUUAAUGACCAAACAUUUUUUUAAAUGAUGCUUCAGUUGUAUUAAUAG